AUGGUUUUCAAUGGGGACUCAACUGAAUCUUUUGUUUAUGGCAUUCUUCAACUAAAUGUGCUGCACAAAGGCCGCCUCAUCUUUCUGUUGCAAUUUGGUUUUGACGGCAGACUCACCUGGAACCUUCUGAAUAUGUCGUUUACAAUGCUCUUAAGCAACCGAUUGUGUUGCACCAGGCCGCCUAAUGUUUCAGUUGCUACGAUAUUCUAG